AGUGUAAUAUAAGCAAAAGUUAUUGAGUAAUACAUUAUUGCAUUGACGGUCAUAUUUUUUUAUGCGCUGGCUGGAAGUCUUCAGGUAAAGCAGGGAUGAUUUUUAUUUUAUUUUGUUGUCACCAACAGGGAACUGAAAUAGACUAGAGCCGGGUUAAGUUUCUCUUAUUGAAAGACCUGAUUUGUACAGAAACAAGAAAGAGAGAGUUUCUAUCAAAGAACAAGAGCGAUAAUCAAUUGGGGAUUUUAUUCAUUUUAGGUUGGAAAUCUAGAUGGGCUGAUAUCUGACGUGGUUCAAUAUUCAGCUGUUGUUGAAAGAAGUUCAUUUAAAACAAACUCGGAAGCCAAAGCUGCAUUUACGUCAAUAUUUCAGAGCACUUUCACUAAGGAAAGGACUACUGGUUUAUGAGGUCAGCAUUGAAUGGAAGGCCAAUAACGUUCAGAAGCUUUCAAUUUCCGUUAAUCAAGAACUCCACUAACCUUAGAUUAAAAAAGUGAAUAGGAUAUUACAGUGGACAAAUAGGAUGAUCCAGUGAAAACGUGGUCACCAAAGAGAUCGAAUUUCCAUUCUCAUUAGUUGCUGUAGUUCAAGUAAUUCACUAGACGAGCUUUUAAAACGCAGAUGUAGAAUGCUGAAUCAGACGGGCCACAACCUCACCCACAAAGCCACACCAAGUUAUGAAGAUGAGAAGUUGUUUGACAUCCCAGCCACUUGGAUAAUAAUUUUGACCAUAAUAAUGGUCAUUGCUCAAAUUUCAACACUCAUUGGCAACGCUAUAGUAAUCAUUGUCUUUGCAACAAGUGAUGUUCUAAAAUCAUCUGUUAAUAAUCAUUUUCUAGUGAGCUUGGCUGUUGCGGAUCUUUUGGUAGGGAUCCUUGUCAUGCCUUGUGCAAUAGAUGCCCUCAGAGUGCAGACCUGGCGGUGCGGAUCCUACAAAUACUUUAACGCAUUUGGAAACUUCUGUUUUUGCAUCUCGUCAAUCAUGCACUUGAUGAUCUUAUCAGUCGACAAGUAUUUUGCAAUAGCAAGGCCACUAAAAUACCCUCAAGUCAUAACUCAAGGAAGGGCAUAUAUAGUUUGUAUUGUACUAUGGGUAUACUCCGGUUUUUGGGCAUUACUACCCUUAAUAGGGGUCAGCUCCUACGAGUGUUUCAUUCCCUAUAUAGGAUUUUGCGCAUCAAAAGACUGGUCAAUGAAAGGAUUAAACUUUGCAUUUGCUAUAUCUGUGGUCAGUGGAACAUACGGUKUGGCUUUGAUAGUUAUGUUUGUAAUUUACUUUAAAAUUGCAAGGAUUAUCCAACAACAAACGAAAAGAAUAGGAAUCGUUGUGACAGACAGAAAUGACACCCAAGACGCCAUUCAAAACACGCAAACUAGCAAACCCAAUCUGAUCAAACGCUACAGAGGUGUAUUUACAUUGAUAACUCUGAUCAUAACCUAUUUAAUCUGCUGGUCGCCAUUCUGUGUCAUGUUGUUUAUUGAGAUCGGCAUGGCAAGGAAGAUGGAAGGGGCUGCAUCGAUGAUUGGUAUGCUCGUAGGUUUUAUAAACAGUUGCUGUAAUCCCAUAAUCUAUUGGGCACWGUACAAAAGGUUUCGUAGAGCUGUCUCAAGACUCUUGCGAAAGGGAUUAUUAUUUCUACCAGUGUCUAUGGACAGUAAUAAUGUGCACUCGCUGUCCCAUACACAGGGUGAAAAUACAGGUAGAUCUAUCCAGGUAAACAGGAUAGUAGCAGACAAACCGACAAUCACAGAUGUGAAGUACACCAUUAAUGCAAUAUAUAUAAAUAACUAAUGGAAUUCAAUUGUGGGAAAUUUCGAAUAGCCACUUCGUAUAAGGCCAAAACAUUUUUUAAACUUUCGAAAUGAAACGCAAUGCGUCCGUUCAGCCUGCAAAAAGAACAGUUUCUAACACAAUCUUCAUCAAACCUAAAUAUGUCCAUCGAUGGUUUCAAGUUGGCUUUUGAAGAUAGGCGAGUUCCGAACGUUAAGUCAACUAAAAUGGUAUUCUUUAGUUAACGAUAAAAUCCUGACAUAGAUAUUAAUUUGUUAGUGGAAGAGCUCGGAAGGGGGGUGUCACACCUCCCAGGGUAGAACAGGUGAUUUUUAAGAGAGAAUCUUUUGGAAGAGCAUAUAUACCAAGUGAAAUAUCCAUGAAUUUACUGAACGUUGUCAUUCAGUUAUAUCACAUUAAACAAAAUUAAUAAUGAUUUUAUUUUUU